AUGCACUAUCUCUUUUCAUUUUUCAUCGGACUUUUUCUCGGCGGCACGGUAGUCGCCAACCGAGCUGCCGUGUGCACGAAGGCCGUCAAUUUGGGAGUGACAUUCUACACGGCAAAGGAGUUGGAGCCGGUGAGUAGGAUUGCUGUAUUUGAAAAAAGAAAGUGAUAGUAGAAGGAUUCAGAUUCUGGCAUGUGCUGAGGUUCCGUUCUACAAUAAUCCUAAUGACACCGAUACUAUCAUUUCAAGUAAGCCUAUCUGUAGUACCGUUUAUUGAAAGCAAUGUAUCUCAGUUUUAUGUAGAGAUAUUGUAAAGUUGUCAUCUGAAAAAUGUACCUGAUUCUUCAAUGAGUGAUCAAUUAGUUGACAACUUUUCGAUAUCUCUACGGGCACCUGAGAUACAUCGUCCAGAAUAAACGGCAUUGGGGAGUCUGCUUUAGUUUGUACGGUAAAGUAAGAUUUCAGAUGGAAAGACGUGUGUGAUCAACAACAGUAUGAACAAGGCUCUUUCGGCGCUCUCUCUUUACAAUGGAUGUGAGUUUUCGUAGCUUCAGAAGAAACUUCUCGACCUAGUUGUCUUCAGUCAACGACUGCACGGACCUGAUGGCUCUCAUCGACAAGCUCACGAAACCAUUCAUAAACCAGUGCAAACCGGUCAUCAACAAAGCGUUGAACGUGCUGAACAAGUGCAAAACGAACAAUCAGAAGACGGGAACGGCGAAGCAGAAUGCGUGCAUGAACCAGGUGUACACAAAUUGCAUGGCGAUGGUCACCAAGCAAUUCGUGAACAAAGUGUGCACUGCCAUGUCGAAGGUCGGUUCUUGAACUGUUCCGAACGAGCUCUGAUUGUACUUUCUCAGAAAAUGAGUGCCAAGGAAUGGAAUUGCGGAAAGCAGUACGCUCCGAAAGUGGUCAACGUGCAAAUGUACGAGUGCUACAAUAUUGUCAAGUAAAAACUUAUACAAUAAACACUUUCUCAGUUGAACUUUCUCGUGCGUGUGCAAACAAAAGCAACUUAGUGAUCGGGAUCAAAUCCGAAUCGAGCAGACGCACAGACCGAUCAGUACAAAGUACGCGCCUGCAGCUUUUUGUGCCGUAGCCGCAUCCAUCCCAUAGUAAAGAGUGUUGCGAUGCUCUAGACCCCCACCCGAAACCUUUUUUUCAUGCUCAGGAUGGCAAUCAAUUGCCCCCCUCCUCAUUGCGAGGCUCUUCGUGUCAAAAUCGGUUCUCGCGGAGCCCGCGCAUGUCAAAACUGUCGUCGUCGUGUGGUGCUCCCACAACAGCCAAAACACUGCUCUCCCGGCUCUCCGUUUUUGUGUCAUUGUUUGGAUUGGUCAGCCGAGGCAAGAAAGAGGAGGUCCUUCUUCUCCUCCUCGCCACUCUUAUCAAUUCGGCUUCCAACAUUGGUUCCAAUUACCCCCCUGCUUCGUACAUUGGUUACUGUCCCAGCGAGGUUUCCCUUUAUCUUCUUCUUUCCGCUUCCUUCUUUUGUACUCUCCUCGCUUCUUCUAGAUGCGCACCGAUGUGGGUUCGAUUCCUCUGAUGUGUCUUCUGUCGACACUCACUUCCAGUGUGCUCGGCUACCUUCCGACUGAGGAUCUCACGAAUGCAAUCAUUCCGGGAGGUGGUUUCCCGCCCGGAGAGACUAUUAUUCCGACGGACGGCGAAGAAGAAGGCGAGUUUUUAGAAAGUUCAUUCCCACUUCAACUAGAUUUCAGGUUCACCCGACGAAGACACGGAUUCCGAUGGGAACGAGUCGAUCUACCGUAAGAAAGUGUCGACAUUCCGCCGUCGGAACAUAAAUGCUCCGUUCGGCGGCCGUGUUCCCUUCUCCCGAAUGGCCUACAAAGCUGGUUACGGAUCGAACCGCAUCGGAUUCUCACGGAACGCCGGAACUCCUCAGCAAUUGGGAGGCUACUACGGAGAGCGGAAUCCGUACGGAACCGUCAACAUCGGCGGAUCUUCGUUCCCUCCGCACGUCGUUCCCGAUGAGUACAAUAUGCGUCCGUCGGCGCCGUUCUCCGGUUUGAUUGGCGGAAGUCGUUCGGGCUAUUAUGGGAGUACUGUCGGAAUGAGAAGGGGCGGGGCCAGUGCGAUGAGCUCGCGGAAACCAAAAAUGCCGUCGACCGAGUACCCACGUGAGUCGUUUCGUUUCUUCUCCGAUUCAUUUCCCUCUUCAGCCGACUAUGCUUCCAAUGAUCUGAUGAACAGCUUCAACGGCGGCGGCGGAAACUCUCCUAUUCCGUCUCUUCGGGAACUUGCCACGUAUGCUUCUCGGUAUGGUCCUGCUUACCUUCGAGAAAGGUUUGGUGCCCACGAGUCUGGAAUGGAAAGAAUGCCGUACGGUGGUCCCCAAGUGCCGCCACGUGGAGGUGGAAUCCCGAUCGACUUCAACAUGAACAUUGCCUCCAAUCAUUGGAAUGGAGCAAAGGGCAUCGGAUCUCCGAUCGGAAUCAUGUCGCGCGAUGUGGAUUCCUAUCAGCACGACGACGCGACCAAAGCAAACAGCGGUAAAAAGACGGGAAGAUCAACAACUACCGGCUCGCCGGAAACGAGCAGCACCACUUCGUCGAAGCCGAAGAAAGCGCGAAAACCGGCAAAGAAAGCAUCAAGUUCUACUACAACUACGACAACAACGUCAAAACCUGAGAAGAAAACGAACAAGAAGAGCGCUUAG